GAAAAUUUACAGAGCUCAUCCAUUUUGUAUGGGAUAAUGUAAGGAUGAACUAAACAUGGCUGUUGGUGUAUUCGUAGUGAGCUUCAUUUUAGUUUCUCCGUUCAUACCUCUGGGUUACCUGAUCGUUCCACCAAAGACACCAGUUUUAUUUGGAUUAGAACCUGCUGCUAUCGGCUCCUACCGUGAACUCGUCUGCGGUGCGUCUCAACCUGAUGCUGGAACCAUAACCUAUAAAUGGUUCAAAUACUCGAUAGAUAAAGGUGUACAGGACUGGGAGAGUAAAGGACCCAUUGGUACAAGUCAGAAGUAUAUCUUUAGUCCAGUGACUGAGAGGAAAGUGUUCCACUCAUUUUCAAAAGAGAACUCAGUCAGUGGAAUGUACAAGUGUCGAGCAUCGAACUCGGCCGGAACAAGCGACAGCGAAUGGGGAGAUCUGUAUGUCUAUACACCAUGUUACUUGUUUACCGUGAGUGUUUUACCACCCAAACCUGCCAUCGGAAGUACAUUCAACCUCAACUGUUACAUACCCAAUCCAAGCGGAGUGACUGUGAAGUGGUUUAAGAAGGCUGAUGCUUCAUCUCCAGCUGUAGAUGUAGCAGUAGCAAAUAGCAAGGGAUGCCAUGCUCCAAGUAACCCACGCUACAGAUGGAGCAGCUGUAGUCCACCAAGUGUCUCAUCACCGACAAAGACAUUCAAUCUACAAGUCACCAAUGCUCAGCCUUCUGAUUCUGCUUACUGGAUUUGUACGGAUAUUGGUCUAAGCUGCAACAGUAACCCAGUCAAGCCAGUGGUGCAAGCGCAUCCAGGCACGCCACAGAUCACGGGUUUCCCAUCUGGACCAGUCAUUGCUGGAACACAGCUCAACUUGAAGUGUGUGGCAUCGCCCCCUGGAGAUACAUACGAUUGGUACAAAGAUGGUACAAAGGUUACAACGUCAUCGAGUUACGACUUCCAAGUGACGAAGGAGUGUGGUGGUGUUUACAAAUGUGUGGCGAGAAAUACUGUCGGGUCUGCUCCAAGCAGUGACAAGACAUUAGUCGUUUAUUACAAACCUGAUUCCGUGGUCGUGUCAUCGGGAAAGACCUCAUCCCAUGUUGGAGAGAAGGACAAAUUCUCCUGCACAGUCUCUGGCGGCAACCCCAUCCCGACCGUGAAGAUCUAUUUCAAGAGGUCAGGCGGAACACCAGUAGAGGUCACCCAAGGUCAAGACAGGGUGGUGGCUAAAGAAGACAACCAGGCUGAGUACUACUGCGAGGCGAAGGUCUCUGGGUAUCCCGCCUUCGAUAUGACUUCAAGCAGGAAGACAUACAGUGUAACUUUUGCGAACACCAAUGUUUCCUUUCUGAGUUACCCGACCGCUGCUGACCAGGUUGGUCAGGUAAAGAAGUUCACAUGUGAGACGGAUGAGAGUAACCCAGUUACCGACAUCAAGUGGUAUCAAUAUAUUGGUUCUUCGUGGCGAAAUGUCACAACCGGAAUCUCGUCAUCCGAGAGGAAAGGUGUGUAUGGUGGAAAGAUGAGGAUCAGUGAGUGGUCUGUAACUGCAACAAAGGCAAUGAAUGGUGAACCUGUAAGAUGUAUGUCCAUUUACUCCCUGCCUGGUCAUAGGUUUACUUCAUAUGCCGAUACUACAAUGUAUGUAAAAUUUCGCCCAUCAAAGAUAACUAUGCCAAAGAGACCACCAGCUGCGAUCCACGAGGAGAACCCGAUCAUGAUCAUCUGUGAGACAGACAGUGCCAACCCAGUAGUGAAUAUCCAGUUCCACCGGAAGAGGGCAGGGGGAAUCUGGGAGCAAUUGACAUCAGGGAUAACAUCUGUAGUUAGGGCUGCAAAAUACAAUGGCAGGAUUCGGCAGAGUACUCUGGUUGUGACAGCCAAUAGGUCGGACACACACGCUGUGUUUAAAUGCGAGGUUCGUGAGGGUUCAUUCCAGAUCGAACAGAUAACUACAGUUAAUGUAUAUUUUCCAGCAACCGCCAGAUUGUCAUCAGUCCCGUCUACAGUGAAAGAAGGUGAUACUGUCACAUUGACAUGUAAAUCAAUCGGGGGUAACCCGACAUCGUACACCUACAUAUGGUAUUAUAACAUGGUACAGAUACUGAAUAUGACUUCAAGACAAUACAGAAUAUCAUCAAUGCAGUACAACGGAAGUGGGGAAUAUCGCUGUCGUGUGGUCAACUAUUCUCCAGGUGGCAUAGCUGAUACAAUAUUGAAAUUGGAUGUUUUAUACAGAGCAAAAUGGGAUCCCAGUCUGCCGAGACUCCUCACCGUUUUUAGCAAACCAGGAGGACCAGCCAGGCUUACACUCAACGUCAUCGCCAACCCACGACCAACCAAUGUCACCUGGUAUCACCCAAAUCACAAGAUGGCAAAUGGGGAAAACUUCAUCCCCGCGGAAGUAAAUGGGAUAUAUACACUGAGCAAGGGAUCUGUAGGGACUCAAGACUAUGGAAACUACACCGUCAAAGUGACUAAUUCUGUUGGAAUGUCAUCUUUUGUUUUUGAACUUCUCAGCGGAGCUGCUCCAAAUGACCCGACCAUUAAGAUCACCCGUAACGGGAGACUUGUGACGGUCGUGUUCGGGCCGCCGAUUCGGGAGUACACAGGUUUCCAGCUGAAGUUCUGUGGACCAGGUCAGGCACCAAAAACAACAGGCUGCAGCUCGAUUCGCUUUAAUAACCAGGGACCAACGAAGUCAACUUACACAGUCAGCGUGACAAACGAGACCACGAUCUAUGUUUUCUACAUGGAUUUUUAUGUUGGUGAUGAUGUUGUUUAUAGUUCUGGUCAAGUGCAUCCUAAACAGGCCGUGCCUGCUGGAAGUAGUCCUGAUGGUGGCAUGAUAGCUGGCGUUGUUGUAUCCGUUGUCAUAGUUGUAGCUGUGGUGGUGGUCGUCGUCGUCCUACAUAGGAGGAACAUGGCAUGCUUCGCUGGUCGAAAUAAACCCGAUGAAUCAAAUCAUGCUGAUGGGAAAACUGGCAAAACGGAAGCUGAUUCAGUUUUUCAUGACCCUUUAUACAUGAACGUCGUCAACAGGACAUUUGAAGGUGACGAUACUCCACAUGAACCGGUUUAUGUGAACUCUCCUCAACAGAAUCCCGUGAAAGAUGGCGGUGAAAAUCCGUAUGACGAAAUGGAAAAUCCAUAUGCUGACUUGAACAUCACGCCUGAUGUGAUCGCAAGCCAGACGUAUGCUGAAUUGAAAAUCUAGACGGAAAAUGAAAGAGGGUUUCACGACUGUCCGGUUUGUGUCACAUAUGCAGAGUGACACGAGAAAAUGACUAAUGUUUUCCUGGCUCAAAUAUUUUGUUCUUUAAUUUACAAAGUAAAUUGGAGGAAAGCUAGUCCCCGGGGACAGCUAGUCCGUCUGUAUGUAUAUAUUUACCACUGUCACGUGUGUGAACACGAAACAAGAGUGACCAUAACAUAUUUUAUGUAGUUGUCCCCCCAUUAUACAUAAGACUUGUAACUGCAUCGGCAGUGCUGACCACAUUAGGUCGGCAUUGUAAAUUGUGUAUUGGGAGGUAUUAUCAACCUUGUGUUAUAGAGCCGAGUUGAGAGUAUAUAUUCAUGAUAGGCAUAAUAUGUAAGUUUUGUGUUAA